CAACUCCUGUUGUGUCAGUUUUAUCUUCCACUACUAGCAGCCACCACCACACUUGGCAGGGGGAGAAUCAGCGGCAGGUAGUGACAUUCUUGGUGCUUCUGAGCUAUUGGCAAUUUUCCUCAAGCUUAAGAAGAAGAAGAUCUAAAGUAUUACACACGGAGAUGUAAACAGACCGGUUUUGCUAAAAGCAAGUUACAUAAACUGGAGAACAACAUAAGCAAUUCCACAUCUUACGUACAAGAGCUAGUAACAGUUUUUAUAAAAUUGUUUCUUUCCGGGAGAGGUUAGCUACGUCUACAGAUGAGCAGAAUAUACAACAAACUUCUCUUGAAGGAGUCAUCAAGGCUCAAACGUAUGCUCCUAAACAAGUGGGAAAUUUCUGAAGUGGCCCUAUUUCUCGCAUAAAAACAACUUGACACUUCAUGUUAAAACUGCCAAAGGAAAUAUGCCAACUCAGCCUCUUUUAGUGUACAUGGAUGGUCCAGAAGGUAUAGCCAGUACAGUUGGUUCACGAAUGGACAAUAGUGAUGCCACUAUGCCAGUGAAAGGAGCCAACACAAUCUCCUAUAAGAACUUGCAAGACAAGUUCUUAAUGCAAGACGAAGGAUGCGUAUCUUUAGACUGCAUGUUUUGUGAACAGACCUUCAAGCAUCCAGAAGAUCUUGGUAAGCAUGUCUUAACACAGCAUAGGCCAACACUUUGUGAACCAGCAGUUUUGCGUGUGGAAGCAGAGUAUGUUAGCCAUCUUGAUAAAGGACAAGGGAGAAUUGACUUGCCAUCACUGGAUGUAAAUGAAAAGGAUAGCCAAGACUUCAGCUGUGUGGUUUGCGGGCAAACAUUUGAUGAGGCUUUUGAUGUUGAGGCUCACAUGAGGAAGCACAAGGAUUCUUUCACUUAUUGGUGCAAUGUGUGUGGAAGGAGAUUUAAGGAACCUUGGUUCCUCAAAAAUCAUAUGAGAACUCACACUGGCAAACCUGGCUCUCGGAGCAAGGCGUUGCAAGGAUCUGAGAGUCCCAUAACAAUAAAUGAGGUUGUUCAGGACCAAGUGACAGAGAGCAUAACAUCCCCUUAUAAAAUCUGCAUGGUGUGUGGCUUUCUGUUUCAAAAUAAGGAAAGUUUAAUUGAGCACAGCAAAGUACAUACCAAAGAUUCGCUAGCCAACAGCAGUGGCUCACCAUCUGAAGGGGAUGGUAAAGAAAGUAGAUCACCCAGAGAAGAAUUUCUCCAAUUUUUAAACUUAAAGCCACUUUCACCUUCUAGUAACAGCAGACAAAAAAAGCCUGUGAAAUGGAUUGCUGAGUUGGAUCCGUUCAGUACCUACCAAGCAUGGCAGCUGGCUACUAAAGGCAAAAUUGCUAUUGGUUAUGGGCAAACAAAAGACCCUGGUCAAGAGGGAAGCACCGACAAUGAUGACUCAUCCUCUGAUAAAGAAGAACUUGGGGAGAUCUGGAAUGCAAGCAAAGCAAACCCAACCGAAAGCACGGGAAAGACCAAGGGGAGCAGAGGUGCAAGUUACGCAGGGAUUGGUAACAUGCCACAAGACAAAUUAAAAUACCCUUGCCGGGAAGUGCCUUCUUUGCAUAUAGAUUCUAAAUUGUCCCAGAACAAAGACAAGCCGACCCAUUGUGCAGAGUGUGGCAAAGCCUUUCGAACUUACCACCAACUCGUCCUUCACUCAAGAGUCCAUAAGAGAGAUCGGAAGAAUGAUAUCGAAGCCAGUUGUGGGGAAGGGAAGCAGCCAAGGGCAUGCCUUCCAGACCCUGUGACCCUGGAUGAGAACGGAGCCGAGCGACUGGAGGGAGGCUCUGAAGAUGGCUCCGAGGAUGGGAUAAUAGAGGCUUCAGAUAAAAAUGAAGAUGUCUUGGAAAGAACAAAAGUAAAAAACCUUGGAGCCUCCAGAGAAUGCAGUUACUGUGGAAAGUUUUUUCGUUCAAACUAUUACCUCAAUAUUCAUCUCAGAACUCAUACAGGCGAAAAACCAUACAAAUGUGAAUUUUGUGAGUAUGCAGCUGCGCAGAAAACAUCUUUGCGCUAUCACUUGGAGAGACAUCACAAGGACAAACAUACAGAAGCUGCAGCAGAUCUGAAAAAUGACAGUAAAGGGUUAUUGCCUUCUCAGGAGACGGGCUUCUUGUCAGUAAGCGGUCAUGCUCCAGAAACCAAAAAUCUGAAAAGGCUCCUUGAAGAUGCCAAAGAUGCCAAAGGAGUAGUCCCACCUCUAAAACAGCAGAAAGAAGAGCUUUACCCUUUUCAGAGUGCACCAAAAACUAUAACUCAGGACACGAGCAAAGGCUUAGACUGUGAUGGCUUGAAAAAGGGUGCAUCUGUUUCAGUUUUAACAUUUGAAAAAAACACAGCAGAACUUCAGGCAAACAGUCUUGUUAAUAGAACUGAAAAAAAUAAUUCCGAACUAGCAGAAAAUGUGUUUUAUGCUGGCCGAACAAAUGCGGAUCUUUUAAGCGACGUUACUGAAAACUCAAAAUGCAGAUUAACAGUUCAAGAAAAGCCCUUAAAUUUAUCUACCGCCUCUUCUCAGGAUGCGCCAGUAAUUCCUCAUUCUCGGUGUUCCUUAGCAACCAGCACCUGUCCCUUUUGUACUUUCCGGACGUUAUAUCCAGAAGUUCUAAUAAUGCAUCAACGGUUGGUGCAUAAGUCUGCUAAUAAUCUCAAUGCUGUUACUAAAAGUAGUAUUAGAAAUAAGGCAGCUCAUAAAGCCAGACGUACAGGAUGCCCACCCUAUCUUUUGGGCAAGGACGUGCCACCACUCCCUCUUAAUUCUGGGAAAAUCAAAUCUCCCUUGCUCACCCAGUCAAAAUCUCUGCAUGUGGAGAAGGCGAGGCAGUGUCCCACCCCACAAAGCAAAGGACCCAUUCUUCCAGGGCAAAACUCCAGCAGCCUGGCACCAAGCAACUUGAAAUCGUGCAAACCCCAAAUGAUGGGCCCUCAGAUGAAUAACUGUAGACCACAGCAGGAAAUGCACCACAGCCCUAGUAGCAUUUCAGUACAAGAUAAAGGCAAAGCAAGACUUUUGGCUUCUCAGUUAGGAAUAGGGAGCAGCAGCCUCAGCAGCUCUUUGGAGAACCCUUUGAACAAAGCUUCUGGGUCAAGUAGUCGAGGAAUAGAGUUUCUCAGUAACAGAUCUGCUGGGAACAGAUACGUGGGAUUUGAUGGACUGGCUUUUAAAAGAGUUAGGCCUAGUCUCUUUGCUCUGGAACAGAUUGAUUCUGCCCGACACCGGACAGAAAACGAUGCUGCCAGGUUACCUCUUUCAGGCAAAUAUUCAGGUCUGCUCCCUCAGGAAUGUUCACACACCAAGCUUGCCUCCUCUCUCCUGCCUAUCAAGCAAGGGCUCAUGAGCUCUGAAGGAGAUGCUAUAAAUCCCAUGACUGUUCUAAAGCCAUAUGAAACGUACGGCCCUGGGCCAUUUUCCAGUUCCUGUGGAUCAAGUAGCAGCCAUGUCCCCAGCUCUUCAAAAGAAGGAAAAAGACCAGUCUCGUAUCAACACCUGUCUAGUACCUUGCUACAAAAGCGAAAUUAUGAGAGCUUUAUUGGCAAUGCCCAUAACCGCCUGAAUGAUAAGAAAACAUGAUUUGGCUGCAACAGAUGGUAUGAAGAUGCAGACUUUGAAUUCCCUUACAGUUCAUCUCUUGAGAAUGAUAGAAUGGCAAAAGCUACCAAACUAAGCUGUGAUUUUACUGUGCAUAGAGAAAAACACUACAGUUGUGUAACGGAAGAUCUGAUCCUGUUUGGAUGAAGCAAUGUAAACAUUGUUGUCCAAGGCAGUGUUGUCCAUGUGUGUGUAUCAGUUCCCAACCUUGAGUAAUAUUUUUUUCUUAGAAUUACUGUAGACCAAAUAUUCAACUUAAAUAUAUUUUUGCAUAUGUGAGUGCUGCUGAUGCUGUGUGCAGUUCCUUGCAUCUCAGGUAAAGCUGUGCGUUCUGUUUCUCUCACUGAAAUACAAAGAGGAUUUUUGUCUGAAUAUUGUCAGGUUUUGUUUUCUUCUGUAAAAACCAGUUUUCAAAGAACCAUGUACUACUUAUGUUCAUCUUAAGCACAAUUAAUUACCUCUCAGAUUACAUCAGGAACAUUUAGCACCAAACAAGACCAUAUCUUCUUUGGAGAAAUCAUAUACUUUCUCAAAUUGAAUCUUGUUUUUGUUUUUUUCCCAGCAUCGCUUCCACAAGGGAAUGGAAUUGGUUGCACUCUCUAUUAGUGUAGGAAGUAAAACUACUCAAACCCUUGAUAUAAAGACAUGAUUCCUCUAGUACAGUUGGACGUAGAAUGUUUCUAGCUGAAUCCCUUCUGGGUAUUUCGGUUCAUCCCUUUUUCUUAAUGCUGUUUUCACCUCUACAUGUGCAUCAUAUUGCAAAAAUGUAUAGAUGUAAAUAGAUUUUGUACAUAUGCCUGAGAGGAAAGGCCAAUCACCAUACCAACUCAUAUAUGUGAAUAUAACAACUCUUGCAUAUUUACUUGACAAACUGAAGGUUCAAUCUGCCUCCCUCACAUGGCUUCAUAGAAGAUUCCCCCAGGUUGCUCAUGCAUUCCUGUUCUGCUUGUCCCUAUCACAAAGGCUGUUUGCUUUGGGUCAAGAUAAAAUUUUUAGACACACUGUGAUGCACACAGCAAUUGCCUUGAAUUGGUGGCUUGUGGUCCCUUCUCAUAGAAGGCCACAGUUCUCCACGUAGCCACAUAAUACUACUUGGGUUCCCAUCUGAAAAGUCAGGACCUAUGCCCAACAUCAUUUGCCCAAACCAAGAUUGUGUGUAUAGUGGUCUUGUAAUUUUUGUGCGUAUACACUUCAUGAGUAGUUCAGCCCAAAAUUGAGUGACAAGUUUAACAAGGAAUCGUGAUUUGCUGGUUUUGUUUUGUAUUUAGAUCCAAGAGGUUUUUUUCCCCAUUGCACAGGACUGAAAAUUGAAUAGGAGAAUUGUCUGCUGACUGAAAAAUGAAUUGUGCGUGUUGAAGCUGGAUGUUCAAAGCAUUUUGUAAAGCCUUUAACAACACCUUAAUGUUAUUUUCAGUUUGACAUACCCGUGUUUCCAGAACAAAAACGGUUUCAAAAAUACCUUUUGCACUGUUGAAUGUGUUUCCUAUCAGAUGUAAAUUUGCAGAAGCUAGGUAGACAUUCUUGGAAGUUUUCUUCACACCCAGCAAGCAACUUUGGAAGCAUUUUAAUUUUCUGACUUCCUGUGUGUGAAAAAAAUGUAUCUCUGUAAAACUGGCAAUGUAAUGAAGUGCUGUGUAUCAGGAAAUUGUACAAAAUUUACCCUUUUCCUGUUCAUAAGCUGAGCCAUAUGUACAUAAAAUCUAGAUUUGUUUUCCUAGUUUUGCACUUUUAUAGCCUAUUUUUGAAGAUGAAUACAUUUGGAAGAUGGUUGAUCUAUUUUUGCCUGAUCCUUCAAUGAGUCUUGUCUCUUUUUUCCUUCUCUCUGUUUUUAAGUAAUUUUGCUUAAUGAAAUGAUAAUUUAAAAAAAAAAAAAAGACCAGGACUGUAUUUAAUUAUAGUUUUUAAAAGCAUCUCUUGCUUUUUGUUGGUGCAGUCUUUUGGAAGCUUAUAGGCAUCCUUCUCAAUUUGGGACAGAAUUAAGAACACAGGCAGUCAGUUCCCAGUCAGAGCAUCCUUUUAAGCAUGGGAAUUACUGCAGCACAAGCUUUUUGCUGUCCUACUGAAAGUUUCUAUGAAAAGCCCUGUAUCUAGUCUGUAUCAGAGUUGGGUUGGGUUCCAGGAGGGAAUAGCAUUACGUGCCUUCACAUUUCUGAUGUUCUAUUUGCAGCAUAGAAUCAAGCAACUUCUGCAUGUUGUAUAGACUUCAACUCUCCACAUAAGCAGCAGGUUCCACAGUGGCCUGGUCAUUCUUUGAGCUGAUCCAUCUGGAGGAUGUCCAGGUGGGGGAAAGCUGCUGGUGGGAUGUUGCAAAAGAAGCCUUAAGCAUAGUCCACUGAACCUUUCUGGGCAGAGGUGUGGUACAAACCAACAUCAAAAGGAAAAGACGACUUGUGCAGCAGUUAUUUGUAUAUUACAACAUUGGUCCCCAAAAUAGGUUUUGCCCAUCAGUAUUAACUAUGGGAUACUACUGUAUGUGUCUUUCUUCCUUUUCCUCUUUUUGGUAGUAGUGAGGAGAAUACUGGUACACUUGUUAUAUUUAUUUCCUUCUACCUUGAUUUAUUUUAAUUGUUACUCUUACAUUGUUGAGCUGUAGACACCAUAAAAAUCAUUUAAUUUA